UCUUCUUCUUCUUCUUCUUCUUCUUCUUCUACUCCUCCUCCUCCUCCUCUAUUGCCCAGUUAACCAUAUCUCCCUGCCUAACUGUCUGACUGUUAACAUUGUGCCAUUAGUGAAGAUCAGAAAUGACAUCAUCAUCAUAAGCAACAUCAGCAUCAAAAACAACAUGACACCAACCAAGAAACACAGGAAGAAGGGAUACCUUUCUGUCAGGUGUUUGCAGAGAGAUGCAACUGUUUCACAUGUGUAAUGAUUCUAAAUAGUGGAGCCAGCUGUGGAGUUUUUGUUGGAAGAAAAAAAGGUUAAUUAAAAACAAAAGCAAUAGAAAAUGCCAGUAACAGACAGGACAAAAGAACAGCAACAACAACAAUAAUGAGAAGAAGAAGAGGAGAAAAAUAAAAGCAUUUAGGCGCUUUGACAUCUCCACACUGAACAGAAGAUGAAGGGCAAAGUGAUCUCAUCAGGAUUGGAAACCAGAAUGUAAAAGAAGCAGAACAAAUGCUGCAGGAUGUUUUUGGUCCAAUGUAGUAAUGAAUCAACCAACCCACUGCCCUUAACAGCAUAUAUCAGUAAUGGUCAACACUUGCUUUAUUAAUCAAGGAAAACAAAUCAUGAAAAAAUAAUCCCUCAUAUUGAAACACGAGAAAGUGUAAUGAAAUGGAAGAUGACAACAACCAAACUUUAUACUCAAUGAAAGAUUCAACUGUAACAAAUCAAGCGCAGCAGAUCAAAGAACAGCCAAAUACUAACACAUCACAGCCAUUUGAAGUACACAAUGAGUUUCCUUCAGCUAUUUCAAAGGAAAAUGAUAAACACAAACAACAACAUUCCAAUAUGGAUAAACCAAAUGAAUGUUGUGGUGAAAGAAUGGAAAAUAUAAGAUUAACAAGCAAACCAGAAGAUAUUUACAGUGAAUGCAAGAACUUGGAAAGUAAUGUGGAUGAAAGCAACAACUUACAUUUUUCAUCAAAUGACAAAUUGAGUUCUAAAAGAAAUGGAUUCAAAUUAAGUACAAAAGCAGAAGUACAUAUAAGUGAUGUUAAACCAGAGAUAAGACAAUGUGAGAAACCUGAUUCAUUUGAUGGGAAGAAUUGUACAGACAUGAGUUAUAAAGCUCAGUGUGAAAUGAAACAAACAUAUGGAUUGGGUUCUGAUUGUGAAAAUUUAAGUGAAGAUAGAAAAAUAGAUUGUUCUUAUGUACCUUCAAAGCAUUUAAAUAUCAAAAACAUUACUUCAGAGCUAAAAUCCUGUGUAGAAGGUACACUUACUGGUGGUGAGAAUGCCACUGAGAAUAAUGUUGACACAAUGGUUUGCAAAAGUGAUUCUGUCUCAGAAAUUAGUGGAGGGCUUAAUGAUGUUGGAAACUGUAUAACUACAGAAACUGAUAAAUUGUGUGCAGUUAGUGAUGGUAAUGUUUCUUUAGAAAUUAACAAUGAUAGCAGAGAUGCUUGCAGAAAGAUAGGUUCCAAUAUAAAUAGAAUAGGUACUGAUUCUAGUGGUGAUAUUACUCCUGAAUUAGAUAAAGCAAAUAUAGAUGCUAGCAAAAUCAUUGGUCCAGAAAUUAAUAAAGACAGCACCAAUGCUGAUGGUAAUCUUGUUCCAGAAUUUGAUUGUGGAAUUGUGAUUACUGACAGAAAUAUUGGCCGGGAAACUGAACAAAUGGAUACAGUUUCUGGUGGAAGUAUUCCUUCAGAAGCUAAUAAAGAAGAUUCCAUUUUGAGUACAAAUACUGAUUCAGAAGCAGCUGGUAGGAAAGAAACAGUUGCCAGCGGAAAUGCUAGCACAGGAAUUUAUAGGAAGGAUACCAUUGAUGGUGGAAAUGACAGCAUAGAAGAAGGUACAGAGAGUUCAGUUAUCAAUGAAAAUAUCACAUCAAAUAAUAUUCAAGAGACAUUCACAGAUGCAAAUAUUCUCCAUCCAGAAAAUUAUUCAAUAUCUAACUUCCACAAGGAGGAACCAUAUAUUUCCAACAAAACUGAACAAACAAAUCUUAUAGACACAGAAAUCUUAUCUUCUAAAUCUGAAACAUCAGAAAACAGUAUUGAUGAUGACAAUUUAGAAAUAAAAGAUGAUAAUUCUAAUAUGAUAGAAUAUACAUUAGAAGAAAAUAUAGAUGCUGUAAUUCCAAGUGUUAAACUACCUGAAGCCAUGGUAUCCUCUUUAGAUCUGCAAACCUCAUCCAAAUUAGCUACAGAACAAAAUCCAAACUUAUCGUCUGUAGGACUGGCCAACACUUAUCAAACAGACACUCAUUCAGGUUUGGAAACUAAUAUUCCAGACAGUGAAAAGGAAUUAAAAACAGAAAACAAUCUGAAGACCUUACGACCAAUCAUCCAUUCAUAUGUUGUCAAUGAAACUGGUGUAAGAGCAAAACGAACAAACAGCAUAGAAAUCAAAACUGUUACAUUUUCUCAAGAUACAAUUUUCAAUGAGGAUAAAUCAAAGCAAUAUCGUAAAGAAAAGAUCAGUUUCAGAACAGUCUACAAAAGUUGUACCACCGAUUCUGAGACAUAUUCAAAAAUAAACCCUCUUUUUGAAGAUGAUUCAGAAACAGGAAAUGUUGCAAUGUGUUGUGCUUUGGGAGAAAGGAGGAACAGUUUGGUGUACCUUGGAGAUGAUGAGAAUAGUUUAAGCGGUGACAGUGAAGAUGAUGCAGGAGUUGAGAUAUCCGUUCUGAAUUUUCCUUCUUAUAUGGAGAAGUAUCUGCAGAAAGAUGAUAAUUCUGUGACUGGUAAUUCCAGAGUGAAGGAUUAUUCUACACAUUCAAACAUAACCACAAUAACAAAUACAUGGAAUAAAAGAACUUUAAUGGAAGCAAAUAUAUUGUCACAUUCACCUCAAGAUUUCAUUGCCAGCUUGCCUCCUCUUGAUAUAACUGGCUACAGAAUUUUUGUGAAAAAAAAGCAGAAACAAGAAAGAUACCAUUUCAUUAUGAAAAUAGCUUUCAUCAUCCUCUUUCUAUUAACUAUAGUCACCAUUGUUAUGAUUAUACUCUAUUUUGAAGUAAUAAAAAGAUGACACAUAUAGUAUGGAGGGGUUUUAUUUU